CAUAUCUGACUUCUGCAGACAUAAGACGUCCGAAAUAAAGCCAUAGGCCUAUAGGGCGGGUUUUUUAAUACACCGUAUUGGAGAUGUUGUUUGUGUUUCAUAAGUAAUUGAAUAAUUUGUUCAAUCAUUUUUACCGUCUGUUCAAAUCAACACUUGGGAUUUUCAAUGAAUAUAUCGCAGUCCAGGAACGCAUUCCUAUUCAAUUCAAUGGAAAGCUGUCCGAGUGGCAGAAUAGAGUCCAUUGGCAGCAGUAGCGGGAGCUCUGGAGAAUCUCUACGGGGUGAGAGAAGUCUGUCUCUCUCUCUCUCUCAGAGGUCAGUUGACAUGGUGUCUUCGGAGAUGACACCAGAGCAGAAGUUAGCACAGUGCAACAGCAGAGUGCAAGACUUUGCUGACAGUGAGCAGUUUGAUGCCUGCAUCCAAGAGACAGUGCGGCUUGUAGCCCUCAGCCGACUAGUGUACGGAGAUGGGCAUUUGAAACAAGCUCAGGCCUAUGCUAGACUUGCCAAAGCAUACCUAAAGUUUAAAGGAUGGGCGGCCCAGGCUGACGAGCAUGCCUCCAGGGCCCACUCCCUCCUUCCCCUCUCUGUGCCCUCAUCCACCCCCCAGGAGGAGCGGGUUGCCAGGCUACAUUGCCUGCUCAGUACCCAACAGACUCAGGGAGGAGCAGCCCUGCUCCUGGGAAACCUUAUGGAAGCUGAGUCCUUCUUCAUUAAGGCAGAGGGAAUCUUGGGAGAGCUACAGGAGCUCAGCGGAGUCAGUCCAGAGGAAAGCACUAAAACUGAGUUUGAAAUUUCCACAAACCUAUCCAGGGUGUACCAGCGCCAAGGCCGGUCAGGGGAGGCUCUGGCCCAGUGUCAGAGGGCUCUGGAGCUGCAGGAGGAGAUGGGUGAAGCUGGCAGGAGCUGCUCCAUCCACAGAGACAUGGCCGCCAUAGAGCAGGCCAGGGGAAGACUGGACAAAGCCAUCGAGCAUCUCCUUCAGGCUCAUGCCAUUGCCCUGAGUCAGAGCCCUGAGGGGAUGGAGGGGGCACAUGUUGCCCACAGUCUGGCUCUGGCCUACUCCAGUGCAGCAGAACCCCACCACAAUGAUUCUGCUGCACAUUACUUUGAGGAGAGUCUGAGUGUGUACAGGAGUGUGACAGGCCCAGAGGAUGCCACAACGCUGACCGUGCUGGAUGACUACUGCCGCUUCCUCCUGCAAACUGGCCAACAGGAGAGGAGUGUGGCGUUGCAGCGCGAGUCACUGGCCUUGAAGAGGAGCGCCUUCGGUGACCUGAGCACUGAGGUGGCUGAGACACUGCAGCUGAUUGGUGGAGUGGAGAUGACUCAGGGACAGAUGAAACAGGCCCAUAAAACCAUGAGCAAGUGUCUUGAGGUACAGAUUGCACUGUUUGGACCUCGGCAUAAGAAGACCAGAGCUACUCAAAGAACUGUGAAUAUGCUGUCUCAGGUGCCAGAGGUUUCUGCAGUGCAUAGAAGAGAGGGCAGCCUACAGACAAGGCCUCCAUUUUGUGCAGUUGUGCCAUCCCCCACAGCGAAAGGGAUAAAUACCAACAUGUCAGACCCUUAGCAGUUCUGCCUGUUGGGACAAUCUGGAUGAAUGGACCCCAAGCUGUCACAGGGACAGCAAUCCUUGUCCUCUGAUGCCACUAGAAAUUAAGGCCGUUGGAACACGGCCAAGUAAUACCUCGGACGGAGCUACACAAUCUUGCCUGCCUCUUUGUUCAGUCUUUCAGGGGCAUUUUGUUUAACUGUUGGUUAGGCAACCGCAACAGCGCUACUAUGAAUUUGAGGUGGCAGCAAUCUCUAAUGUGUGUACAGUGAGUCUUUUUCUCAUGCAUGCCAUUAUUUUUUUUUUUUUAAAGUACUCCAAAAUAAAGGACACAGACUCUUGA